AUGGCGGCCGUUCGGAAGCCAGUGCUGCUCGGGCUUCGAGAUGCUGCAGUGCACGGCCGUCCCACGGGGCCGAGCGCCUGGACCGCAAGCAAGCUGGGCGGCGUUCCGGUGAGUGGGCGAGGUCCCUGGACAAAGUCAGGGUCUGAGCGCUUUCCUUGUCCUCAGGACGCCCUGCCCGCCGUGGCAGCUCCGAGGCCGGUGUGUGAACUCUGCCGGCAGCCGCUUGCCCUCGUCGUGCAGGUGUACUGCCCGCUGGAAGGCUCUCCUUUUCAUCGGCUCCUGCACGUGUUCGCUUGCCCUCGGCCUGAGUGCGGUAGCGGCAGGGCGCGCAGUUGGAAGGUGUUCCGCUCCCAGUGCCUGCAGAUGAGAGAGAGAGAGACUCAGGACGCUCAGAAACAGGAGAAUGGCCUCACAGCUGAGGAUUGGUGUGAAGGUGCAGAUGACUGGGGAAGUGACAGUGAGGAAGCGUCUCCACCACAGCCUAUCUCGGAUUUUGGAAAUGAUUCGAGGAAUGCCAAGGACAGAGACUGGACCUCCCAGCUCCAGGACCUCCGCCUGCAGGAUACUGUCCCAGGUGUUGCUCCUCCUGCGCCUCCCGGGGAAGGGCCGGCCUUGCCUCCUUCGGUGCCACAGUUCCUGCCCUAUUACAUCUGUGUCGUAGAUGAGGAUGACUACACGGACUUUGUCAGUCUGGACCAUGCUCAGAGCCUUCUGAGGGAGUAUCAGCAGAGAGAAGGAGUUGAUAUGGAACAGCUGCUUUCCCAUAGGUGAGCAUGUGUGCUGUUGAGUUUGAGAGGUAGUUUAAUCAGGAGGCUGCCAGAGUGGGUACUCUUUGGUUUUAUCCUCAAAACUGGGGUUACUUUUUCAGGCAGAACUUUUUCAUGUCCAACACACCUACAGGUGUGUAGGACCUGUCUGCUUCACUCCUCUUGGGCUAGAAAGGGAGACAGAGACGAAGAAAUCUUAUGAGCCACCGUUGAGUUAGCUUGAAAACACUUGGUUUUAUUUAUAAGGACUCUCACGAAAAUGACCAGAACGGUUUCAUUUGUAAGCAUUUUCAAGGUAGUGUUGGAGUGCACGAAGACGUGUUGGUGUUUGAAAAUGCUCCAUAAUGGAGAAAGACAUGGCAAGAGCCGGUGGGUAUAUGACUUUUUAUUUUGUUUAUUUGUUUGUUUUA